AUGGCGAAAAACGAUUCCAAGAUGGGAGAUAAAUUCCUUGUGUGUGGUCUCUGUUCAAACUGGUUCAAGAAGCCCAGGACGCUUCCUUGUCUUCACUCUUAUUGUGACAACUGUCUGUCCAAACACAUCCUUAGUUCAGUCUCUAAAGGAGAGGUCACCAAUCGGUCUAACGUAACCUCCAACAUCAAAGAGUUCAAUUGUCCUCUAUGUGAAAAGGUAGUCACGAACGACAGAUUCAGUAAACUCCCGCCAAAUCAGUGGGUGAACGAAUUUCCGGUGAACAAAUUUUUAUUGGAUCUGCUUGAUAUCGAGAAGUUAAAAAGGGGAGACAAAUCCUGUGGUCCGUGCAGUAGAAACGGUGAAGAAUCGACAAUCACUUCCUGGUGCAAGGAAUGCCGGGACGGUUUGUGUGACAACUGCGCCAAAGUCCACAAAGGCAUGCGUGUUUCCAUGGAACAUACAGUGCUGUCACGUGCUGACUACAUGAAACAAAUGGAUCUGUUGAAAGAAUAUCAGGAACCAUGCAGGAAGCACGCAGGGAAGACUUUAGAUAUGUACUGCAUGUUCGAAAGAGAACUUUGUUGUCCAAAUUGUGUAGCGGAGGAACAUAGGAGAUGUGAAAAGGUUGUACCCGUCGCCGAAGCUGCCACUAAAAUCAGAACAGAACGUGAACCAGCUUUCCUAUCCGACUCUCUUGAGCAAUACAUCAAACAUAUCGAUCGAACCAUGACAGACAGAAACAACCAUACCAAGAAGUUAGAGGAUACAAAGAAAGGAUUGACGGAAGACUUCGCAAAUAUUCGUAUCGAAAUUAUCAACCUGUUAGAUAGUAUGGAGAAGUCGGCGAAAAAAGAGCUGAAUCAAAUGCAUGGAGACGAACUAGCACAGAUACAAAAAGAGGUUAGAAAAUGUAAGUCAAUGAAAGAGGCGGUCUCCAACGCGCGGGUGUUAUUGAAGAUGGCUGAAGAGCAUGGUAGCGACUCUAGAUUAAUGAACACUCUAGAGAUGAUUCGAAAAGAAUGUUUCUGGUAUGAGGAAGAUAUGGGAAAUCUCAGAACCAAACUCCAAGACUGCGACUACGACUUUGAGAAGGACCAUACUAUCGACAACAUGAGGCGCACUGUAAAAAGACUUGGUAAAAUAAGCGUGAAACAUGUCCCAUCAAAGUUGCCACCUUUCCCUAACAUCGUGACAUUUGACCGUGUCGAGCAGUCCAAGCUGAACAGGUCUACACUUUCCCUCCGUGGGCGACGAAUCGAUCUACUGAGGACAUUUGAGGCUAAGCAAGAAGACGACGGGGCAGAAUGUUGGCAUACGGGGGCAGCCUUUCUAGGUGACGGAAAACUCGCUUUAGUGGACAGACAAAACAAGAAGCUUAAGAUCUACAACAAAAGCUACCGCGUUCAGCAUACAUUCCCACUGUCUUCUAAACCAUGGGACGUCACCACAGUGAGUGGUAACGAGAUAGCUGUGACACUUCCGGAGGAAUAUGCUAUCAUGUUGCUGAUGGUUGAUGAUGAAAUAACACAGACUGACUACUUCUCUACGGAAGAGAGGUGCUACGGCAUUUCGUUCGCCAGGGGCAAGUUCUUCACUCUUUGUUACGACGGAGAUCCGCCAGCAAUGAAGAUAAUUGAUUCCGACGGCAAAGAGAUCGCUGCGAUAUCACAUGACGAUGCUGGAAGACCGCUCUUCUCUCGGCCCAUCUACGUCACCUCGAACUCGUCGGGGACGAUGAUUUACAUAACGGACGAAAGGCGUGGAUCCAUAACUACAUUGGCGGAAACGGAGCAGUAUUCCUUCCAUUAUUCCUGCCUGGAGGUGAGCCAUGCUGCCGGCAUUGACGUCGACCAAGCGGGAAAUCUGUACAUUUGUAGAAAUCACGCUAAAAGCGUGCAGAUGGUAUCACCGGAUGGGGACAGAUUGAAGACCCUUGUGGCCCGGGAUAAGAUAUCCUACCCGCGGGCCAUUGCUUACGACUCUACAGACGAGAGGCUUGUAGUCACACAGGGUGACAAAGGUUCUGUAAAGGUGUUUCAGUUCAUGACGUCAUAA